AGAAAGAACAAAAACAAGAAUUAAAGAAUGGAAAAAAUUGUAGUAAAAAAAAACACAAUCUGAAAAUAAAUUAUUAAUGGAAAAAUAAUGUAAUUGAAAAAGGAAUUUAGUGUUUAUUGCAUAUUAAAACAGAGAUAAACAAUUGGUUGUGUGCAAAUUUCAUUAAAAAAGUGGAAAAGGUGCUGAAAACGAAAAAGAAAAUGUUUGAAAAAUAAAUAAGAAAAAAAAAAUAGAAAAAUAUGUAAACAAGUUGUAUAAUUUACAAGCUUGAAAGCGCACAAAAAUGUUUUAAAGAGUGUUAAAAAAAUGUUUUAAUCAAUCACGCCAUAUAAGAAAUAACCCAACAGGAGUUUUAACAAAAUCUUUUACUAUACACCAAAUUUUGUAUAUUUUUUAAUCGAUUUAUUUUUUCAUAAAAAUCCGGAAAUUUUAAGUUUCGUUCAACGCGUGUGAUUUUGUUGUGCAAAAGAGCACUUGUUGCUGCCAUUGGGGUUUUUUUCGGUUUGCCUCAUUUUGUUUUCAACUCUUCAAACCGGAAAUCCAUACACAGCACAGCCGGCAGUGUUAGAAAACAAACAGAAAAAGCUCCCACCCCAAACAAAUCUCUUCAACCAUCAUGCCCGCCAUGGGUAGUGUUUGGAAGCGCUUGCAGCGUGUUAAUAAACGUGCUGCUAAAUUUCAAUUUACCGCUUCAUAUCAUGAGUUACACCUCGAGACCACAGCCAAAUGGCGUCCCUCAAAUUUGUCGGUGGUGUGGACCAGACGAUCACGUCGUGUUGCCUCCGCCCCACUGCCCUGGGAACCGGAUAUGAUGAAUCCGCUGGUCGGCAAUGUCACAUGGCCAGUUCCCGAUAAUCAUGCUAUCACAGUAACAUUGUUCAAAGAUCCACGUACCCAUGAGUUGGAGGACAAAGAUUGGACGUUUGUUAUAGAAGACAUAACUCCUUUGGGCAAAAAACGUGUCCUGGCAAAUGCAAAUAUCAAUAUGCGCAAAUAUGCCAGUAUUGAGUCGACCCAGCAGAGUUUCACGCUAAAUCUUAAACCGGUGUCACGUAAAGUAACAGCAGCUGAUUUGGAACUUACCAUCAGUUGUGUCUUCCUGAGAGAGGGCAAGGCCACCGAUGAAGACAUGCAAAGCGUGGUUUCCUUAAUGUCGGUGAAUAACAAUUGUGAUGUUGCACCUUUGGAUGAUCUGGAGGAUAUUCCAGAUUUGGAAAACUCUGCCGAUAUAUCGGAUCAUUUGUUUGAUUUCACUCAACAAUUGGAACAAAUGACCACAAGUUUAAAUGGCUGCAUGGACUUACCCACACCAUUGAGUGUCCCUUCAUUGUCCGAAGAUCCCACUCCUUUGGCUGAAGUUAAUAAUUUGAAUUUUGAAUUUGAAUCAGACCUACAGCCACCAUACACACCCCACGAGGGUGAUGGGUACAUGGAGGAUAACCUAAAGACACCCAGUGCUACAACGGCGGCUUCAUCCUCAACUCCUCUACACAGAGAUCAAGUUCCUAAUGAAGAACCAGCCCCCCCGGAGGAGAAAACCACGAAGAAGGAGCCCAAUAGAUUAAUGAGAAUUGUCACCUCCACCCCCAUAGGCAAGGUUUUCGAAAAGAAAACCCCCGCUGGCGAAGAGCCUGUUAAACCAGUGCGUAAGAGCUUGAAAUUCACUGGCGAACAAGAAAAAGAUUCCUCAACCCAGAGCGAGACCAAAGAACAUGGCAAGAAAGAUGAGUCCCACAACAAGUCAUUGGAUCUGACCUUUGCCAGCCAUGAAAUUGCUGAAUCCACGAAAAUUUCCUGCACCGCAAAUGACACCACAGUCACAGCCACAGAAGUUGGAAGUUCCCAUCUCAGCAGUGAUUCAAAUAAAACACAAGUGCUAAACACCACCACCUCUAGUUCUGAGGCCACCAGUGACAAUAAAUCUCCCAAGGAGGAUAGUCCAAAUAAUUUCUCUGCAAAAAUCAACGAAUUGAAUAUUUCGUCUACCUCCUUUAAGGCGGAACAUCAUAAACGUCCCGAAUUGCAACCUUUGAAUCUGAAGAAGUCCUAUGAGUCCAUAGAACCCACACCACCCUCGCAUAUCUCCGCAUCGCAUAACAGCAAAAGCACCAAUAGUCAGAGCAACACCACCCUCAACAGCUCAAACAACAGAACAUCCACAACCAACUCCACCAAUUCAAAUGGCCACCUUUCCCUUAGCAAUGGUGGGCAAAAUAAUUCCCUUAAACCGGUUGAGAAGAUCAUACUCAAAGAGAAUACUCCUGGUCAAGAUUUGCUGGAAUGGUGCAAAGAAGUUACCAAAGAAUAUCCCAAUGUUAAGGUUACCAAUCUAACCACCAGUUGGCGUAAUGGCAUGGCCUUUUGUGCUAUAAUUCAUCAUUUUGAGCCUAAUUUAAUUGACAUGUCCAAACUUACACCCCAUGAGGUGGUGGGCAAUUGUCGCAUUGCUUUCGAUGCUGCCGAAUCCCUGGGUAUACCACGGGUUAUUGAGCCACGUGAUAUGAGUCUAUUGGCCGUUCCCGACAAAUUGGCAGUAAUGACGUAUUUGCAUCAAUUGCGUGCCCAUUUUACCGGCAAACAGCUACAAAUUGAACAAAUUGGUCCCACAUCCGAUGAGUCCAGUUACGUGAUUGGCAAUUAUAAAUCAGACAACCUUUCGUCACAGAAUCUACUCAACUUGUCGCACUUGAAAGCACAAUUAUUACAUCAGAAUUCCUUGGAUGAUGACAUUUUCGGUGGCCUGGACAACAACAAAUCGCAGUUAUCGCCCACAGCCAAAAAGGAUGUCAAGAAUCUAAUAUUGUCCAGUUCGAAGAGUAUUCUGGGCAAAGUUCUGUCGCCCACAAAGGACAAGAACACCAUCAAUGCCUCACAACAUUCGAAUUUGAGCAAUUUGUCGUCGUCGAUGACUUCAUCACCAUUGAUAGAAGGCAAUGGUGUAACGGAAGAACAUCACCAUGGAGUUGGUAGUGGUGUCGUAGGUGGUGUUGAUGAUGUGAGCAAUUCCUCGAAUCAAGAGAAUAUAUCACACAAUGCACAAGUGAAGGAACCCUCAUCGCCCACCACAACAACACCGCUGGAUCCAAACACGACAAAUAAAAUUUUAUCACGUCAUAAAGAGCAAAGUGAAAAAGCCCGCCUAAUGAUGGAAAAAUUAAAAAUUUCCCAAAUAGAUCGAAAUUCGAAUGAUGAGGAACGUCAACAACGUCUACGGGAGCAGGCACGUCGCCUUAUACUCGAAACUCGUGGCAAAUCAUCAUCGAAUAACAGCAGCCAGGAAAGCCCCACAUCACCCACAAAACCCAAGCGGUACAACUUCACCUCAGAACGUACAAUAUCGCCUAUUAGCAAUACCCUAGACCUGGAGGAGUUUGGUGGGGGUACAACAGCCCAAACCAAUAGCAGCAGCAACAACAGUACAUCGCCCAAAGCGCCGUUGUCGCCCACAAAGCGGAUAACACCACCACGUGAUAAUGAAAAUAGCAGUAGUAAUAGCAGUAAUAAUACAAAUAGUAAACUAAGUCCUAGUCAUAGAUUAAGUCUUACCAAUGGUGGAGGGGUUGUGGGCGGUGCCACGCUACAAUCCUUUAGCAAUGUAAUGGAUCGUUUGACACCAAAGAGCGAGAAUAUGCCCGAUAAACUGGCCUUCAUACAAUCCGAAUUGGAGGCCUUGGAGCGUGAACAGGUGGCCGUGGACCAAAAGGCCAAUAGCCUGGAGAAGAAACUUCGUGCCGUGAUGAGUGGAAAACCAAUUACCGAAGAGACGGAGGAGCAACUAUUGUCGCAAUGGUUUACUUUGGUUAACAAGAAAAAUGCUUUGAUACGAAGACAAAUGCAGUUGAAUUUGCAUGAAAAGGAGUGUGAAUUGGAACACAAAUACAAUCUCUUGAAAGAGGAAUUGCGUGCUGCCCAAUCUGUGGAAGAUUGGCGUAAAACCGAAGCCCAAAGGGAAAAGGAACGUUUGUUGUUGGAUAAACUGGUUGAUGUUGUGGAUAAACGUAAUGAAUUGGUGCAAUGUUUACACAAUGAGGAGCAAGCCAUCGAAGAUGAUCAUGAGAUCGCCCGUAAUCUGGAACAAGUCAACAUUAGUGGCAACAAUGAAAAAUGUGUUAUUUCUUAAAGAGCUUUAAAUUAAAUGACUUAACGAUAAAAACAACAACAACGGAACUCAAGAGACUUCCAUGACUGUAAGCAACAACUUAAAAACAAAGCAACAACAACAACAAACCACGACGACAACAACGUUUUGAUAACUUAACGAUCAACAAGAAAACUAUCGAAAAACUCCCUUAAAAAAGGAAAUACUUAAAAUUAUUAAGUAAAACAACUUAAGCGUGCAAAAACAACAAAAAUUCUCUAUAUGUGUGUGUAUGUGUUUAGCUUUAUAUAUUUUAUAAACAAACGAAAUAUACAUGUAUGUGUAUGUUUAUCAUAGUAUAUCGGCAUACAUAGUUUAACAAAUAUCUACAUACAAACAUAAAAUAGGGAUGAAAGUUUUGGAAAACUUUUCCCUUACUUUAAGGGGAUUAGAUGAGAGAUCCCAAAUCUUA